AUGAGCUUCGCGAAGGGGCCUGGGCUUGGCGUACUCAAGGUCAACACGCCAUCUUCCUUGUCGGUUUUUGCGUGCGACCGUGAGGGCACGCGCCGAAAUGAAGGAGGCGACCGGGUGGUGGCGGCUUUCUCACACCCCGAGGAGUUCCAGGAUGUUUCUGUGGAGGAUUUGCAGGAUGGCAGGUACAAAGUGACCUUUCUGCCAUUGACGCCGGGGAGCUUCAGUCUCAAGAUCUCCAUCGGGCCGGAAGGGGCCGAGGAGGACUUGGGAGGGUGCCCCUUCAUCGUGGAGGUGAGACCGCCGGCAGUGUACCACGCAAUAGGGGUGGAACCGGAGCCGGAGGGCAAACCCCAGCUCGGUGCGGGCAUGGCAACCCUGUCCUGGCGAGAUGGACGCUUUUCAGACUGGACGGUGCAGGUUGGCGAGAAAACCUACCACUUGCAUGCGUUUCUGCUGGCUCGGGCGUCUCUAUUCUUCGAGAGCCACAUGAGUAUGGCCUCGCGAGCUGAGUCGGACGGCAAGGCCGCCAAGGGCAGCGACCUGAGCGAGGUCUUGCCGCAGUCAUGCCACGCAGCCUUCGAGGACGCCCUCGACUUCAUGUACUCAGAGAACCAAGCAGCCUUCGAGGCACCUGCGUCGAAGGCUUUGCUCCUGUUGAAGAUUGCCGAUAUCCUGGGCAUCAACAGCCUCUUCGAUGCUAUGGGCCGCCGGAUCGAGGCUGCCUUUGCCGACACUGCGCCUCUGCUGCUGGAGCAGUAUUGCCGCUUCCAUAUUCCAGGUACGGAUGACGGUGCUGCUCUCCGGCAAAUCCGCGAUGGUGCAGUGGAUCUUAUCGUCAAGAAGUUUCAACCCUUCAUAACGAACAACGACAUGAAGACAGCCUUGCUGCGUCUUCCUGCGCGCGUCUUGGCGGAGAUCCUGGAUGCCGACGAGCUUCUGGUCGAAAGUGAGGAUGCAGUCUUCGACUUUGUCCUGGAUCGGCUCCAGCUUGGCGAGUCGACCGAGCUGGAAGGAGGACACAGUGCCGAGUCCCGCUCUGAGCCACCCGAGACGGGCAAGGCAAGCACUUCUCGCCUGGACUACAUGGAUGAGAGCGAUGAGGAGGCCCUGUGGGAGGAAGUGCGCUGGGCCUAUCUCAGCUCGCGGAAGUUUGCCCAGGCGCUGGCGCUGCACAAGACCCUUUUGAAGCCACAGGUCACCCUGCGAGCGCUGACUGCCCGGGCUGCGCGUUUCGACCUUGGAGGCGCGGAAGCGUUCGCCACACUUGGCUACCAGGCUGUCGUUCCGCGGAAGCCCAUCUUGCCACCCGGAGUGCCGCCGCCUAGCUCGACCGAGAUUGACUUCUGCUUCCACUACGCGCACUCCGAGCAGUAUGCUUGCGGACAGGCACUGCGGUCGCAGCCAAAGCGCAUUGGCGAUGUUGUCCUGCGAGUUCUUGUCUUCCCUGCCGGAACUGAUACUGGUGUAGCCAGGGGGUCGCUCUCCGUCUUCCUUGAGGCUGUACCCCAGCCGCACUGGCCUCGCGACUGGGAGUUCGCCAACAUCAGGUACGGCAUCGCGUGCAUGAAGUGGCCCUCAGGCAGCGGCGAGACCUGUCCCGCUCCAAAGAAAAAGAGUGACCUUUGGACCUUCAAGGCCAACGUUUCAUUCAUCCUUUCCUCGCGUGCUUUUCUUCCCUGGCUCUAA